UUAACAAUAAUGAAAUACUACUACACAAUUAUGGUUAAACAUAUUGAUUUUCAAAACUGCUUUUUAAAGUAUACAUUCACCAAACUCAAGUUUGUCGUUUAUUAAUGGAAGUGAGAAGGCGGUAGUGAAGAUCCAAUCUGUUCCUUUUCUGAAUUAUUGCAGCUGAACACAAACGAGAAAUGGGAUCAGUAGCCAAAAAGGGUCUGCAACAGUACUUGUUAUACCUUCAGAAACACCCUUUACCAACAAAGGCAAUAACAGCAGGAGUGUUGUCAGCGAUCAGUGAUAUAGUGGCUCAGAAGAUCACUGGCAUUCAGAAACUUCAAGUUAGACGCCUUCUUCUCAAAGUGCUUUUUGGCGUUGCCUAUCUUGGACCAUUUGGGCAUUUUCUUCACUUAUUAUUGGACAAACUUUUCAAGGGGAAGAGAGACAAGAGUACAGUUGCCAAAAAGGUGUUGCUGGAACAAGUUACUUCGUCACCCUGGAAUAACUUGCUUUUCAUGAUUUACUAUGGAUUAGUCGUUGAAAGAAGACCCUGGAUCCAGGUGAAAUCUAAUAUCAAGAGGGAAUAUCCAAAAGUGCAGUAUACAGCGUGGGCGUUUUGGCCAGUCGUUGGAUGGGUAAACCACUUAUAUGUUCCGCUGCAACUCAGAGUCAUCUUUGCCAGCGUUGUUGCGUGUUUCUGGGGAAUAUUUUUGAAUCUACGUGCAAGGUCGAUGGCCUUGAAAAAGGCUUGAAAUCCUCAAAGCUGAUAUAAUCCAUGAACAUGGCAACAUCUCCUUAUGUAGUUGAAAGAUAUUGAAAAUGGUAGCUUGGGGUGCUUAUUCUGUUUUGAUGUUCACUUUUUUCUCUAUUCCCCUUAAAACCAAGCAAUAAAGUUUGUUGUCACUUGUGAUAAAGCAAGUGCAUAUGUAGAAUGUUCCACUUCCCACACAUGGCAAUGUGAAAAGUUGGUCAGUUAAUAAAGGCAACGCCCUUCAAAUGUGACUCGAAAAAGCAAGAUUGUGGCAAGAGAUGACAGUAUAUAAUAGUACUCUAUUUCACAAUGCAA